AUGGCAAGCAUCCGAGCUUCAUCUCCGCGGGCAACGGUAGAUGAAGUGCGCAGUCGACCACAGUUAACAGUCGUAGGCGCCGGCGUUAUCGGACUGACGGUCGCAAAUGAGCUAUGCGAGCAUGGCUUCGAUGUCGAGGUCAUCGCGAGAGACAUGCCCUUUGAUGAGGCUUCCUCCAUGCAGUGGGCUAGUCCCUGGGCCCGAUGGGAGAGGACGACGUGGCAUCGAUGGAUGGACCUUCACAAGAAGCGACCGGACAUGAUUGACCUCGUUCCGAUCCAGCACGAGCUCGAAGCGAGCCAAUCGACGGAUGUCUGGUUCAAAGACCUUGUGCCAAAGUUCGAGGUUGAUACUCAAGAUCACACGCUGCACUACGAGUCCUUUUGCGUUGACGUUCCUUCAUACCUGUGCUACCUCUACGAGACACUUCUGGAGCAGCAAAAGCAACGCGGAUGCAGAGUCACCUUCCGUCGCGUACCCACCGUCGAGUCACUUGCUCAUUGUCUCUCGACGCCGCCUUCGCUCACGCCAGCGUCGUCGCCCUCUGUCUCGCCCGAGCGUGCCCUACCUUCGACCAAGACAAUCCCUUCGGUCACGACAGCGACUUCGACGACUUCGCAAGACGUGCCCACGAUCGUGAUCAAUUGCACUAGUUCUGGCUCUCGCUCUUUGCCAGAAGCUGGUGAAGACGACUGCCUGUAUGGCGCACUGGGACAGACGGUCCUCGUCCGCGUUCCACCGUCAGACCAGCAAGAUGCGCCAGCCAAGACAAUCCCGAUGAGGAUUCGACCAGGUGGCAGCUUCACCUCUUCGUGCAGGGGAAUAAGCCCCCUCCGUAAUGAAACUGGGGCACAAGACGCUGCUGAACAGAUAGAAGACCGGGACGCUCACUCCUUCACCUACAUCAUCCCUCGAGCACGCUCGGGAACCGUGAUCCUCGGUGGGACUUUUGUUCCCUUUAAGUUCCCUCGUACCCUCAAUUCCUCGACUUCCCACAAUUGGCUAGAAUGGAGCGCUGACGAAGAGCAGACGAAGCGCAUCGUAGAGCAGUGUCUCGAAUGGGAGCCUCGGCUGGGCACGGUAAACGCGACAGGCGAGCCAACGGUCGACAUUGUCUCUGUCGGCCUUGGCGUUCGCCCGAUGCGAAAGGGCGGCGCUAGGAUCGAACGAAGCACUUUUCCCCAUCACAAAGCGGGCAGAGACGAGAUCGUCCACGUUGUGCACGCUUAUGGGCUCGGUGGUUCGGGCUACCAGCAGAGCUGGGGCGUCGCAAGCGACGUUCGGUCCCUCGUAGAAGAGAUUCUCGCAGAAGAAAAGGUCCAGAGAGGACCAUAA